AUGGCUGGCGUCAAGAGAUCGUUGGCCACUAUGAUGAGCAAUGAAGGGCCGCUCAGUGUCGACCGGCUGCGGCCGUAUGCCUUCAUCAGCUCAAAUUCCGGCUCAGAAGUUGCAUCAAGAACCCCUACUCCGCCUCUCACACCCACUAGCGGCAAGAUCCCAGGUUUCAGUUCCGAUGCCUCACUGGCCUUGGUAGGGCUCCGAGGCUCAGGAAAAUCAACAUUGGCCAUCAUGGCCGCGUCGGCGUUGAAAAAGAAGGUCAUCAAUGUGGACGUGGCAUUCCAGUCAGUUACGGGCUCAUCGAGCUCGAAUUUCAAGCAAGUCCAUGGGAACGCAGAAUGUCAACGGAAGCAGGCGGAAGUGCUGCACGAAAUUCUCCAGCAGAAUCCAACAGGGAGCAUCAUCGUCUGUCCCUGGAUGGAUAGGAAUGUCCAGAUUCUUCUUCGACAGUUUACAGCUACCAACCCAGUUAUCCAUGUCCUUCGGGAUAUCGAUGCCAUCCAAGGCCACUUGAAGCUCACAGACAAGACAAAAGUCCGCAACUUGAUGAAAAUGAGCAACUUGUUCUAUCGCAGUUGUACAAACUUGGAGUUCUUCAACGUCUCCGAACUUCGGGUGAAUAAUGUGGAGCAAUACGAGAUCAGUGGCCGUGGAUCCACGGCGAACGCACCUUACUUGGCAUUGAAGCAAGCUGAACGGCACUUUCUCAAAUUCUUGUCGCUCAUUUACCCAGCUGGAACUAUUUCCUUUUUCGAGUCCGCAUUUCCUCUUGCAAGCAUUGCACCAGAAGACAGAAACUUUACAUACUGUCUCUCUCUGCUCAUCGAAGACAUUUUGAGCGGUAAUGAAAAAUGGGAAGACUCAAUAGUUGGCGUAGACGCGGUUCAAAUCUUUGUCAACGACUUGUCAGCGGCCCGGGAUCCUAUUGGCGGUUUUAGCGACUUAACUAACAGACUUACCGAGGCCACGGGAAUUGUCCGAAGGAGCACUAUGCUGCCCAUCUUGCUCCACAUCAAGCUGCCCGAAGUGCCCAACAACAGCAUAGUGCGGUCAUACCUAGACUUGCUUUCGCAUAGUCUGUCUCUAGCUCCAGAGAUGCUAACGGUUGAUUUGCGCCUGGACCAAUCUGAUCUCGCCAAGAUUAUCUCUUCAAAGAGCCGAUCUAAAAUUGUUGGAAGCUAUUUUCUAUCAACAGACGUCCAACCUUGGGACUCUCCGUCAUGGGCAUCUUGGUAUCAGAAAGCCUGUCAGUUGGGUUGUGACAUGGUACGGCUAGUGCGAGUAGCGAAAACAAUGGACGACAAUUUUGUCAUCUCGCGGUUUAAAUCCAAGGUUUCAUCCCUGAAAACAAACAAGAUACCGCUGAUCGCGUACAACAGUGGAUAUCUUGGCCGCUAUUCAUCUUGCUUCAACCAGACCCUUACGCUGGUUGCGUCCAGCCCAGUGACGCAGAUCCAGGAUAUGGGUCAUCCGUUUCCCUACAUAACAGCAAAGGAAGCCACCAACGCCUUGUACGCUUCUUUUGUAUACGAUGCAAUGAAACUUUACGUGUUUGGAGCCAAUGUUGGGUACAGUAUGUCUCCAGCCAUGCAUAACGCUGCAUUGUCAGCCUGUGGUAUACCACAUCACUAUGCGCCUUACUCAAGCAAUUGUCUGAAAGGGGUUGAACAUCUCAUAUACGACACUCAUUUUGGCGGAGCAUCUAUUGGGCUACCAUUCAAAGUUGAAAUUACAACCUUGACCAAAUAUCUAAGUCCCCACGCCAGAGCCAUCGGGGCCGCCAAUACCUUAAUCCCCAUUCGCCAACUCAAAUCCGAUGGCACCAUCCCAACAGGCUCUGCCCUAUUUGCUGGAAUAAAUAGAGCAGGUCCUGUUUUAGCUUUAUAUGGCGAGAAUACAGACUGGAUCGGUAUUCGAGCAUGUAUCCGACGCGGACUGUCUCCCGCAAAUGCUGUAAGGCCAACCACAUGGGGACUCAUCAUAGGCGCAGGUGGUAUGGCCCGCGCCGCCGUUUAUGCUAUGCUGCAGGUUGGCAUCAAGAACAUUGGCAUUUACAAUCGAACCACAGAGAAUGCAGAGAGACUGGUGUUUCAUUUUCAGAAGCUACUCAAAGAGGGAGAGCAGAAUUUCUUUGCCGAUGCCCAAGAGAUACGGUUUCAUAUAUUCACUUCUCUUGAUGAGCCUUGGCCAUCCGAUCAGCGACAUCCCUCUAUCAUUAUUUCAUGCAUCCCGACACAUCCAAUUGGUAAUACGCCAUCUCCCGAGUUCAAGUUACCUGAUGCAUGGAUGGCCAAUCAAACGGGUGGUGUCAUCAUUGAACUCGGAUACAAAACAUUGAACACGCCACUCUUGAAACAAGCACGAGACGGAGCUUCCCGAGGCUGGGUGGCUAUGGACGGUCUGGAUUUGCUUCCGGAACAAGGCUGUGCGCAGUUUGAGCUUUUUACAGGUAGAAGAGCUCCCCGACGCGUCAUGCGAAGAGAAAUUUUGGAGAACUAUAGGGAUGAAUAUGGAAAGUCACAUCUCGAAGAAUUACAGCACAGGCUACAGUCAACAGUUGAGCAGGAUUCUUGA